GUCAACGUGACGUAACCUUUUUUUCCGGUGUUUUUAUUUGUAAACAUCAAAGCAAAAUCAUUGAACUAUUUAAAUAAUGGUAGAAAACAUAUGAAGUAUGUGUUCUAAAAACGAUUUUCUGAGAGUGUUAAAAGCAGCCCAAAAUGGUAACACAAAGUUUAUCGUAGAGUUUUUCUUCAGUCAUAAAAUUCACUGGACCGAAUUGAAUUAUGAUCAAACAGGUGAUACCUUAAUUCAUUGUGCAGCAAGGCACGGUUUCGUCGAUAUAAUUGAUUUUCUUCUUACACAAUUCUCACCAAAGUCUGUUGACUGUAAGAACAAAGACGGGAAAACCGCACUUCAUGAGGCUGCACAGAAUUCAAACCAUCUCAUUUGUGAGAGGCUUCUCAAACACGGUGCUGAUGUAAAUGCUUUAAAAAAAGCCGAUUGGACGCCAUUGAUGCUUGCUUGUACAAAAACUGAUCUAGAAGAUACUACCAAAACUGUUCAGGUUUUACUGAACCACGGUGCUCUAGUGAACUGUAAAAACAAAGAUGGUUGGACCUGCUUUCAUCUAAUAGCACGCGAGGGGAACAUUGAGAUAUUGAAGGUGCUUAUUGAACAUGGUCUUUACAUUACGGAAAAGACAAGAAAUGGUAGGACUGGCCUGCAUAUAGCAGCCUUACAUGGACACUUAGCGGUGGUGAUAUUAUUGUUAGAUUUAGGUUUGGAAGUGGAUGACAGGGACAACUGCGGCAGUACUGUAUUGCACGAAGCAGUUUCAGGUGGCCAUAUUGACGUUUGCAAGGAGCUGAUCCAAAGAAAGACAAACCAGUAUGUCAGAAAUAAUGCUGAUUGUAAUUUGUUACAUCUAGCUGCAAGCGAGGGUCAUUUGGAAAUUAUUACUUUCCUAGUAGAUGAUUUGAAAUUUGAUGUAAAUUGUACUAAUAGAUAUGGCCUGACACCAUUGCAUUGUGCGGCUAGAAAAAGCCAAGUCAAUGUGUAUAAACAUUUACUAAACUUGGGUAGUAACUAUGAUGCUGUAGAUAACUUUGGUAGAAUACCGAAUGAUUACUUCCCCAAAAUGAACUAGUUAAAACAAAAAUGACUAGGUGCUGUAUCGUCAGUCGUUCGUACAAUUGUAGGACCACAUUACGCAUUACGUGUUCGACAAUAUUUAGAUCAGACGAUCAGACGUUUCCAGAUCGAUGGAUUGGUGGAAGAGGUGCCAUUGAAUGGCCCCCAAGAUCGCCAGAUUUAUCACCUUUGAAUUUCUUUAUGUGGGGUCAUUUAAAAAGCAAAAUCUAUCUCAGCAGACAUCAUUAGAAGACCUGCGACAAAGACUUGUGAAUGAGUGCCUUCAAAUUACUCCUCAAAUAUUGCAAAAUAUGCGGCAACGUUUUGAGUAAAAUCGUUAUUAUUGCAUGGAGAGGCAUGGUGGCCGUUUUCAACAUUUAACGGGUCAGUUCAUUCUUUAUUUUUAAAUUACUUUGCUGCCAAAUGUAUUGAUCUCCAGUAAUUAUGAUGUAUUAGUUUUAUUUAAGCUUUAAAUCAAUAAAUCUUCAAAACCACUGAA